AUAUAGAUGAUAAAUAUUGCACAAAGUUGGAUUGAUAACAUGUUACGAAACAUUUGAUUCACAUCACACCUAUACCUACUACUUGUGUGCGCACAGGCAGGAGGAACUGAACGCCCAAAGCAAAGCACAUCCUUCUGUCACUGCAUGUGUGAGAGCUCACAAGACAUCACAGCAAGAAUCAGUCUGUCUGAGAAUCAGUCAGUGUUAUGAAUCUAACGCUCAGCAUGUUAUGAAGUCCAAUGUUCUGGCUGACUUUAAUCCUGGUCCUGCUGCACCUCACCCGGGGAAACAGUCCAUGUUUCGGCCGGUCUCUGGGGAUCAGCCAAUCCAGGACUCAGUUCUUCAAACGGGAGGGUUUCACGUUAUACUGCGGAGCUGAUGAGCGUAUAAUGACUAACUCUAAAUCAGUUACUUGCUCUCAGAAGAGCCAUGAAUGUAAUAUUACACUGGCAGGAGAACAUCACAGCGGUUCUUACUGGUGUGACUGCUCUGGAGAACUAGGGGAAGCGGUCAACAUCACAGUGACUGGAGGGUCUGUGAUCCUAGGGAGUCCUGUCCACCCCGUACCAGAGGGAAGUCCUGUUACACUUCGCUGCCUGACGACCCACAAGUCCAGUAAAAAGCUGGUUGUUGUGACCCCAAUAAACCAGUCCUGUACCUUCUCCAGAGAUGGGCGGCUCAUUGGGGUCGGUUUGACGGGAGAGAUGAGUUUUGCUGCUGUCAACAGAUCUCAUGAAGGCCUCUACACGUGUACCUUCUCUGGUGUUGAGUCUCCAGGGAGCUGGCUGGCUGUCAGAGGUGAUCUCCUUUCCUCAGCGACCUCCUCCACCGAAUCCCACCCCCCCACCAAUCACCACCUGCUCCUCCCAUUGGUCUACGCUGGACCGCCCCUCCUCCUGAUGGUUCUUCUGGGAAUAGUCGGAGGAUGCUGCUGGAGAAGGAGUCGCAAAGAAGCCGAAGAAGCUGCCUCAGAGGAUGAGGUUCAUGCGGAUGUAGUCCAAAAUAAGACAAAGAAGAAAGAGCGAGAUAGGUCAGACUGCGAGUCUACAUGUAGUUACGGAGAAAGUCUGCAACCCCAGCCCAUCAGAAUACCAGAUCCACCUCUCUACAGUCUCCUGGGGCAAGAACCUGUCAAAUGAUGUUCAAACAGAGGCAAAGUAUAUAUUCCAAAAGGAUGGAAUGCUACAUUCUACGUCAUAUCACAAUGAUUAGGAAUAAUGUUUUUUGUGUUUGUUCAAUGAGAAGAAAUGUUCUGAUGAAUGGUUUGUUUAUUUGUAGCUUAACCACAAAUUUGUG